AUGAGGAGCCAAACAUGCCUGCUGCUCCUAGCAGUGUGCUGUCUGUGGCCAGCUCAUGGCCAGAAUGAGCGUAUCGCGAAAGGCAUCUGGGACGAGCCCAUCCGGUUCCACACCAAGGACAGGGACGCGUGCACAAUGCGUGUCACGGGCCAAGGCGAGUACACCAAGCUCCGGGUGUCCUGCAGGAAUCAGAGCACUUCAUAUUGGUGUGAUUUUCUGGGCCAACCCAACGUGUGCCACUCGUACAACCGCAACCCCAAACACUACUUCACCCAGAUCAUGUGGGACAUGCGUAAGCUCCAUAAUGCCUGCCAGGGACCCCGCGUGCUGAAGCCCAUCAUGUGCCGGAAGGCCUCGGAUGAGGCGCAGAUGGUCUACGCCAGUUCGUGGCGCAAGCCCGCACCUGGGAUGCCGACAGACAGCACCUAUGAGAAGCCAAUGUCCCAGAUGGAAGCAACCACAGUGAGUCCUGCCCCAGAAAAGCGAUCACCCCCCAAAACACAGCCCAAGAGCAGCACUCCGAAACCCGGCGGAAUGACCGUUCCCACGGCGCCCAGCGUUGCCCUAAUCGCCCGGAUGGCACAGGACUACUGCUUUAAGUCCCUGCAGGGGGUCAGCGCCGUCUUUAUGAGUUGGUUCCACAACUAAACUCACAGGUUUUACGUGGCCGGCAAAAGCAUUUUAAAACUUAUCCUUCCCACUAUUGAACUUUAAUCCCCAG